UUUCAAAUUCUUAAUUUCUCUAUUCGUUUUUAAUCCAAAAGAAAACUCACAGUUGUCAACUAGCCAAGACGUGUCAAUGUAGAAACCCUAGGCGCGCUUUGGCGCGUGAGGUGCGGUGGCCAACGGUAACAAAAUCUAAGUUACUUUCGUUCACAAUCUCACAGAAACAAAACAAACAUUAUUAACUGCGUUUAUCCAACGAAACAUUCUUAACUGAGUGAGUUCAUUCGUGAGACUUGACGUGAGUGACAAGACAAGGUUGUUCACUUGUUCUUGUUCCUUCGAUUAGGAAUUCUUGCAUGCCGAAGCUAGCAAUGGCAGGGAAUUGCAAAUCCAAGAGGGUUUAUUCCUCUGCUAUGUUGUUCGCGAUCAACUCCGCCACCAAGGCGAGAACAACCACCGUGGUGCCCACUCAAGAAACCACCGCCGCCGUCAAGGGACUUGCAAGAACGGUGGAAACGAUCGAUCCUCUCAAGAAGAAGCGAUGCUUUGUUGCUCUACAGAAGCUAAUGGAACACCGUGAUGGGCGGGCUUUCAAGAAUGGAAAGGGUUUUGCUGCAGAUUGCCAUCUUUCAUCUAAGCCGUUGAUGGACUUUGAGACCGUGUUGCACAAACUGGACAAGGGUUUCUACGCAAACCCUGAUCAGUUCGCUGGUGAUGUCAGAAUCUUGUUUUGUAAUGCUAUGUUGUACUAUCCUGCCAACCAUGAAAUUCACCGAAUUGCAGAGAAAUUGAGUGAUCUUUUUGAGUUCAAGUGGAAAUCUAUGGAGAAUCUCUGUGCAGCUGAGACUGAGAGAGAAAAGGCAGAGCAACAAAAACCAAAACGGAAGCCUAAGGAGGAAAGGGGAGCUGCUAGAAUGAGGGUACAACAGACGAAGCGAACAGUUUUUCUUGAUGAAAAUUUGAAUUCUUUUAAGGAGCUAGAGAAGUUGUGCGGCUAUUCACUCGCGGAUAGCAGAAUUUCCAAUGCACUGAUGGAAGAUAUUGGUCUAGUUCUGAAACCAGAACGAAAGCCUUUGCAAACCGUGGUCGUCGCUAGAGAUCGUGGUGGUUCGUUGGCGGGAACGAAAAGGAAAUUAUCAUCAGCGUUGCAAUCUGGUAAUGAAGAGAACCUGAGGAGUCAAGCUUCCUCUAAAAAGGCUAGAGUUGUUCCCAAAUCAAAGCAACAUUUUUUGGAUACUAUCUUGGUCUCACAGAGUAGCUUAUUUGGCUUGCAAAGGAAGAAGGAAAGGGAAGUUGCUAGAAUGAUGGUACAACAGAGUGAUGGAAGAUAUUGGUCUAGUUCUAAAAUCCUAGCUACUGUCACAUGGUGACAGAUUUAGAUGAGUCUGUAGGAGUUGCUGAAUAGAGAGAUUCAUUUGUUAUCUUAGAAAAUUGUAAAUUCAUUUGUGUGAUGGAAUUGAAUUGUGUACAAUCUGAACCUCAUUGUAAUUUGUCAAUUUGAAGUCAAUUAAUUGCUACAUUCCAUCUAUCAUUUCGACAAAGUUUGUCACCUGAGUUUUCUACUAUUGCAUUACUCUUAUAAGUUUUGCUCAAUUCUAUUAAUUGCUACAUUCCCUCUGCUAAUGGUAUCACAUAUGAUCUCUGCCGCCGCCGACAGUAUCAUUCCGAUCUCUGCAUCAUUGUCCCCAUGGUUCGCCACUCAAACCCUUAGAGUCACACUCUAGAUUUGAUCAACAGUUAUAUCUCGAAGUUCUCUGGUUCGCGUACUUCCUCUUCAAAGCUCUUCACCCACACUCUUUCAUCUGAAGGAAAUCUCCCAAGAGAAAUAUGGAGUGUGGAGUUGCACAUUCUAAUAUCUCAAUGGUUUCUGGUAACGAUUUCUUGCUUAGAAUCAGAAUUUAUUUCUGGUAACGUUUUCUCUUGUUUGCUACCUCAUUCACUUCGUUUUCUCUCCAUUCAGUUUUCUUCUUGUGUUAUUCUGGAUUUUUUUCCCAAUUCAGCAAGUCGGUUCCACCGAGAAAUUUGCUUUUGCCAUUUUGAUUUGUCUUUCUAUCUGUUUUCCUAUUAUCCGAUUGCUUAAGUGUAUGAGUUCUACAAUGAAUGCCUGAGGAAGUUAGUUUUAAAGAAGACAUUUAGAGUUAUUAUAAAACUGACCUUUGUACAAGUGAAUGGUUCAAAUAUUAUUCAAUUUUAAUCUCUUGCUGUGUGACAUUUUUUUAGAGCACAAGAUGUUCUUUGUUUGACCAAUUUACAUUUUUCAUUUGAACAGAUCUAAACUUGAAUAUCAAUGUGCUCUCUUUUUUAAACGAAUCUGUUUUUCUCUGGCUAUUCUCUCUUUUGAAUCUGUUUUUUUACCGCGUGAUUGCGUUUCUUGUUCUGUUUGUGGUGGUUGCUGCGUGUGUUUGUGGUGGUUGCAGGUCAGAGUUCAGAGAGCAGUUCAAGGAGAAACCAAUCAACAAGUCUAUAGCUUCUAUAAGUGAUGUGAUCUAGUUUCAUUGUCAUUUUUUUUUCUUCGAAUAUAUGGAAGGUGUUUUGAGUUCUCAUCCGUCGUAAUUUACUGUGAAAUACAAUUAGGUUUGUUAAUGCUAAGCUUGCAGUGCCAAAUUGAAAUCAAUGUCUUAUGCAAUGAGUAGCUAGUUUGCUCUUUAGUUUAUUUCUCUGAAAAGAAUGAUUAAACCUAGCUUUAGUUGUUAUCAUAGCUGAUUUGUGGUUCAUUGUAAAUUCCUUGAAUAUCUUUCAGGAUAUGGCUCCUUAUAUUGCUUAGGCAAAACAGAAGAAAGAGGAGUAUGAUUUUGGUAACUGAGUUGUUCGUAUACACAUCAUUUUUUUUUGACGGGAGUUCUUAUACACAUCAUGGUUCUGUUUAUAGCCCUCCAAUUUCAUCAUUUUGAAUUAUGGUUAGUUAAGUAAAAGUGUUGAAAAGGUCAAUCAUUAAGGGCAUAGAUAAAAAAACCUCUGCCACAUCAAAUUAUAUAGUAGUAUUAUGGUUGUUAGAAACGGUCAGAAUAAGUUGGAUAUAAAUAGUAGGAGCUAUAAUAGUGAUACCCAGAGAAUUAAUCAAAGCGUAUUUGAAGAUCAAUAAAUCACACAAAUUUACUAUAAAAUAGGAGCUAUUAUGGUUUUCACCACGUUAUUGAUUGAAAGUGUCAUAGAUGAUAGAUGGGUAAUAUGCGGUACAGGACCCGUUCAACCGGAGUUCCCUCAACAACUUCUCUCAAUACCUUUAAAAUCCCCUUUCUACAACCUGUUUCUGCAAG